AAGUAGUCCUCUUUCCCUCCACUACUUCCUCCUCAUCUUCCUUCAUACAUUUUCCCAGUUUUUCUUUUUCCUUCUGUUUUUUAGUAGAAAUGGGGUUUUUGAAUGUGGCCUUCUGUGUUGCUUCACUUUUUUCACUAAUUUUACUAACAGCUGAAGCUAGAAUCCCUGGUGUUUUUACUGCCGGAGCAUGGCAGAGUGCUCAUGCUACCUUUUAUGGCGGAAGCGACGCUUCUGGUACUAUGGGUGGAGCGUGUGGGUAUGGUAACCUAUACAGUCAGGGAUACGGAGUGAACAAUGGAGCACUUAGCACAGCGCUAUUCAACAAUGGACUGAGUUGUGGAGCGUGUUUUGAGAUCAAAUGUGACAACUACCCACAAUGGUGCCAUCCCGGAAGUCCUUCCAUCUUCAUUACUGCUACGAACUUCUGCCCUCCCAACUUUGCUCUCCCAAACGACAACGGCGGUUGGUGUAACCCUCCUCGCCCUCAUUUCGACCUCGCCAUGCCUAUGUUCCUCCAUAUCGCGGAGUACCGUGCCGGAAUUGUCCCCGUCGUUUAUCGCCGGGUGCCAUGCAGGAAGCAAGGUGGAAUAAGGUUCACAAUUAACGGUUUCCGUUACUUCAACUUGGUUUUGGUAACGAACGUGGCGGGUGCAGGGGAUAUUGUGAGUCUUAGUAUUAAAGGUUCAAAAACUAAUUGGAUAAGUAUGAGCAGGAACUGGGGGCAAAAUUGGCAAACAAAUUCAGUUUUGUUUGGUCAGUCACUUUCAUUUAGGGUUAGAGCUGGUGAUAGAAGGAGCUCUACUUCAUGGAAUAUAGCACCUGCACAUUGGCAAUUUGGUCAAACUUUUGUUGGGAAGAAUUUCAGAGUUUAAAUAGUGUAGUAGUAAUUUUAUUUUAUGUGUCUGUUUGACUAUGGUUGUUAAUGGGUAUUUUGGGAGAUUGUGAAAGUAGUUAGAAAAAGAAAAUGCUUUUUCUGGAAUUGGGAUUAUGGAAAAGUAAAGUUUUUCUGGUAAUGGGGUUCUUUUUUUUAUAUAUUUUUGGACCUUUUAUUGUUGGAGGUGAAAGGGGAAGGAUUGAUGAAUUUUGUGGAGAAAUUGUAAUAGGGAUUUGGGAAGGGAUGAAGUGUAGAUGAUAGAAGAGCUGAAGCGGCUGCAAAAACAUGUAGCCCGCAGCUUCUAUUAGGACUAUAUAAUUUAGUAUGAAAUCUAUUUUACGAUUAUUCUA